AUGGCAUCGAAUCCAAUGGCCAAGUGCUGCAUUGUCGGCGUCAAGCACCAAGGCACACCCAAAGGCAAUGUCAAACAAAUCGGCAACACAAAAGUUCGUACAUACUUUACAUAUCCUGACGACGGCAGCACCCAAAAUGCCAUUCUGCUCAUGACAGACGCCCUGGGCAUGGACUUUCUCAAUACCCAGCUCAUUGCCGACCAAUUUGCAGCCAACGGCUACCUGGUCGCUAUCCCAGACGUCUUCAACGGCACACACAUACGCUUUCCCUUCCCAUCUUCAUUCAGUCUGCAGGAAUGGGUCGACAACACCAUGCCGCGACCACCUACCGUCGACCUCAUCUACGAAGCAGUAAUCAAACAUCUUCGCAACGAGCUUGGCGUCAAGCGGCUCGGCGGCAUAGGUUACUGUUUCGGCGGCAAAUACGUGUGCAGGUGGCUAAAGCCAGGCGCUCUGGAUGCGGGAUUCAUUGCGCACCCCAGUUUCGUCGAGGCGGAUGAAGUACGCGGUGUGGAGCGUCCGCUGAGCAUUGCUGCAGCAGGAGGCUCGAGUGCUAAGAUGCGUGGCACAGAAACCGAUGACGUCUUCCCCGCUGAAAAGCGCCACCAAACAGAAGAUAUUCUCAGAGAGACCAAGGUUCUCUACCAGGUAUUCCUCUACUCGCAUGUCGAGCACGGAUUUGCUACAAAAGGCGAUUUGGAAAAUGAUCGGGCGAGGUUCGCAAAGGAACAGGCGUUUUUCCAAGCCGUGUUUUGGAUGGAUGAGUAUGUCAAGAGAGGGCGAGACGCAUAA